AUGAUGUAUAUCGACCGCGGGGACAAGUUCGAAGCCUCCUUAUCCGAAUCUACCCCGGAACAAGAAACAAUUGUGUUUAAUGCGAAAGCCCGCGAAGAGUUUCCAUCUGCCUCAAAGGAGCUUUUAUCUGAGAAGGGUUUCGACAGCGAUGACUUCAUCGGUUCGGUUGAAAGAGUCUCCUUAAAAGUUGGAGAUACAGAAAGCGUUAUGAGAUACUAUAGAUCUACCCUCUACUACCUCCGACAGCAUAAUUGCUCCGCAAUGAUCAGAGCUGUUAUAAAGUCCAUCGAGCCGCAGAAGUAUGCCAAAUCCCCAUACAACGGUGGGGAUCUGACUAAGCCUAAAUGGUGGCCCUCAAGUAUCACGCAUACGCAACUUGAACAUAUGAAUGAAGAAGACAGUAUCGAACUAUUUCUUCACAUUCUCCGCAAGCUUGGUUGCUAUGGUGUUACUGCCGAUAUUUUGAAGGAGAUUGCCAAACAGAACUUGUGGGACUCAACAUAUGUGCAGAUCAUCUAUGAGCUCUUUCGGGUUCGAAAGAUAGAGGAACGGUUUGAGCGAGAUGAAGUCGAUGCUAGUACGGUAAUCUACGUGAAGAAAGCCAGCUCUAGCGCUAAGGAGAGGGUGCGUAACAAUCUACUGGUGUAUCCAUAG